CGGGGGGUGGGGUUCGGCCUGUCCGUCGCCUGGGGAGCCCCGAGACUGGCGCACCGGGAUCGCGGGCCUCGGGAGCCUGGCGGCGGCGGAGGCCGGGGAGAGGCGCUGUCUGGGGGCUCCCCUCCCCCCCGCACCUGGCUCUGACGCGGGGUGGCGCCGGGGCGGGAGGAGGGGGAUCUUCGCAGACCCGCGGCGGGCGACAUGCUGCUGGAGGAAGUCCGCGCCGGGGACCGGCUGAGCGGCGCCGCCGCCCGCGGCGACCUGCACGAGGUCCACCGCCUGCUGCACCGCGAGCUGGUGCACCCCGACGCCCUCAACCGCUUCGGCCAGACGGCGCUGCAGGUGAUGAUGUUCGGCAGCCCCGCCAUCGCCCUAGAACUUCUGAAGCAAGGCGCCAGCCCCAAUGUGCAGGACGCCUCCGGCACCAGUCCCGUCCAUGACGCGGCGCGCACCGGCUUCCUGGACACCCUCAAGGUCCUGGUGGAGCAUGGCGCGGACGUCAACGUGCCCGACGCCACCGGGGCGCUGCCCAUCCAUCUGGCCGUGCGCGAGGGCCACAGCGCCGUGGUCAGCUUCCUGGCGCCGGAGUCCGAUCUCCAUCACCGGGACGCCAGAGGCCUCACCCCCCUCGAGCUGGCCCGGCAGAGAGGGGCGCAGCACCUGCUGGACAUUCUGCGAAGGCACACGGUGAUCCCACUGUGACACCCAGGGCGAACCCCUUUUGCGAUGGGGGGGGGACAGGGGAGAAACACUACCCAGGUGUGGGGAGGGGAGGGGUUGCAGGGGGAGAGGAGGAGCCAUUUGAGGCAUUCUUGGUGUUGAUUUCUGGCGUGCCGUGUGUUUUGGGUGGGGGGAACACGUUUCUCGUUUUGGUUUUCGCACCCCUUUUGGUGUGUUGGAUUGAGAGGGGCUCCUACAAGCCUGCCGCCGCUUGAACGGUUCAGUUUCUCAUUUAAAGCCCCAGCCCUGCAGUGAGGUCACCAUCUCCAGGGAUCUCUGGAACCUGGUGACCUUGGCUGGCAGUACUGGGGCGGGGGUGGGAGGUUGGGGGGGUGGAGGAAGGUCUGGAAAGUGUGGGUGUGCCUGCAUCGGGCAUGGGGGCUGGGAAGGGGAAGCCUUUGAAAUCAAGAAAAGGAGUAGCAAUGAGUUCGUUUCAGAGUUGGUGGGAAUGGGAAGCUCUUUCCAGUCUCGUGUACAGCGAUGAAAAGACCAAAAAAAAAAAGAUUCUAUUUAUUAAGCUUGUUGGAAAACCUGUGUGUGCUAACUUAAAUGUUUCUACCCAUUAAAUUAAGGUUUGUGUUUGA